AUGAUGGAUAUAGAACACUUGUACCUCCCCAAGGUCACCAACACAUCGGGUUUGUCCUUGAACUGGUCAGGUCAGGACAACAUGACCUACCAGUCGUACGACGUCGGCAAGGUCCUGCUGGAGUUGUUUGGCGCCAAGCGCAAGGAGAUGCUCUCCGUCGUCGUCCUGAUGAUCGUCUACAGCAUCAUCUUCCUCACCGGCGUCAUCGGCAACGUCUGCACCUGCAUCGUCAUCGCCCGGAACGCCUACAUGCGGACGGUGACCAACUACUACCUCUUCAGCCUGGCCGUCUCUGAUGUACUCACGCUUCUGUUUGCCCUGCCCCCAGAACUCUACUCCAUCUGGGAGGCCUACCCCUGGCACUUCGGAGAGCCGUUCUGUAUCUUCAAGGCCUUCAUCAUCGAGACGACCUCCUACACGUCCGUGCUGACCAUCACCAGCUUCACCGUCGAGCGCUACAUCGCCAUCUGCCACCCCAUCCGCGGGCAGCGGUCCUCGCGUCAGUCCCGGGCCAUCAAGUGCAUCAUCACCAUCUGGACCCUGGCCGCGCUCUGCGCCCUGCCUUACCCCAUCCACACCCGGGUCUUCACCUUCGUGCACGACCCCCGGGACCAGCAGCCCAUCGGGGACUCGGUGGUGUGCAACAUCCCGUCCCAGUGGCAGCAGAGGAUGUACUACGUGUUCCAGAUCUCCACCUUCGUCUUCUUCGUCAUCCCCAUGGCCGUCAUCACGGGGAUGUACCUGCUCAUCGGCAUGCGCCUGCGCAGUUCGUCCCUGUCCUCGACCUUCUCCAUACAGACCCAGCAGUCAAAGUCAGCCGUGUCGAGGGCGAGGAGGGCGGUGCUCAAGAUGCUGG